AUGUUUGUGUCUGUUUCCGCGACUACCAGGUUUCCAUCUUCACUUCCCACAUUUCGAUAUUUUUAUCCUUUCCCCCUUUCGGCUUAUGUGUUGGUUAUUCUUUGUAUCCGAACGGCAUCAUUACUAUUUUUAGCGUCACAUCGACUAGGUGAAAGUAAGAGGAUGGGACGUAGGCUGCGGCAGUGUGGACCGCAGUGCGUGAGUGGAUGUGGCUGUUGCAGACUUUUACGUGAGGCCCAUGAGGCCCAACUGGAGGCGCAGCGGGUGGUGUUGGAAAAGCGGCACCCGUUGGAUGUACCGAAAAUGGGUGAAGGGGCCCGACAACUUAUGACAGACGAGCAAUUCAAUGUAUCGAAUCCAGCUGUGAGGCUUCGCAUGCGGUUUCUGCAUUAA